AUGCACGGGCAACCUGAGACGGACAGCAUCGUCGCAUCCUCGAAUAGCGGAGAAGAUCCGACGAAUUGUUGUAUAGCCGAAACAAAGUUGAAAGUUGAUAAUGACAUCCACUCCCUAUCGGUUGCCUCCAGCAAUACUGCCGAUGAUGAACAUGACCUAGAGAAUCCUCCACGUCUAGAACGUCAAAUGACGGAGCUUGGUCCUCCCAUCAAGGUCGCCCGGCUCAAGCGUAGAGGCUUGUUCGGGCAAUUAGCAUUGGUGGCAGAGGUUGAAAACCCAAGAACAUAUCCUCGCAGGAUGAAAUGGUUCAUCACAUUUGUUGUCGCUCUUGCCGGAGCUACAGCACCAAUGGGCAGCGCGAUCUUUCUCCCUUCACUAUCACAAGUGACAAAGGAGUUGAAGACAACAACUACCAUCACUAAUCUAUCGAUCGCGCUAUACAUGCUGGCCAUGUCGAUAUUCCCAUUGUGGUGGUCAUCAUUCAGCGAGCGAUUUGGGCGACGGACCAUCUACCUAGCUUCUUUUACUCUCUUUGUGGUCUUCAACUGCCUUUGUGCCAAAUCAGAUUCUAUUUCAAUGCUGAUUGUAAUGCGAAUGCUGAGUGGUGGCGCUUCGGCUUCUGUUCAGGCCGUUGGAGCUGGCACCAUCGCCGAUCUCUGGGAAUCCAGAGAGCGAGGACGAGCAAUGGGUAUCUUCUAUCUAGGUCCGUUGUGUGGACCUUUGUUUGCACCCAUAAUCGGUGGCGUCCUAGCCCAGCGCUGGGGAUGGCGGAGCACCAUGUGGUUCCUCUCAGCAUUUGGUGCUCUCACUCUUAUCUUUAUCGUGUUCGCCCUUCCCGAGACAUUGACCGCACAAAAGUCUGGGAUGGCUGAACUUGACGACGACGAUCCAGCUAUCAGCCGCUCUUUGAGUCGAGUCGAGUCGCAGCAGGUAGUUCGGUCCACCGCGAAGUGGCUCAAGACCCUGAGGAUGAUUCUCAUUGAUCCACUUAAAAUCAUUCUCUACCUCCGUUUUCUUCCGGUUCUUCUCAGUGUGUACUAUGCCAGUAUCGCUUUUGGUUCCCUCUAUGUACUCAAUAUCAGUGUUGAGAACACGUUUGGAAAGGCGCCAUACAACUUCUCCACCACCAUCGUUGGUUUGCUGUACAUUCCAAAUUCGCUGGGCUACAUUGUGAGCAGUAUCUUAGGAGGCAAAUGGAUGGAUAGUAUCAUGCAACGGGAGGCGAAGAAGGCAAAUCGAUACGACGAGAAAGGCAGACUGAUACUACGACCGGAAGACCGAAUGCGUGAGAAUGCAUGGCUGGGUGCCUUCAUGUACCCGGCCGGCUUGAUUUGGUAUGGCUGGGCGGCAGAGAGGGGAGUCUUUUGGCUUGUCCCAAUGAUUGCCAACUUCUUCUUUGGCAUGGGCUCCAUGCUCAUUUUCAGCAUGGUAACCACUAUGCUCACGGAAUUCAUGCCGAAAAAGUCCUCGGAGGGUGUAGCUCUCAACAACUUCAUGCGAAACAUCUUCUCCUGUGUGGGUACCGUCGUCACUGCCCCGAUCAUCGAUGGUAUCGGCAAUGGGUGGCUUUUCACUAUUCUCGGCCUGCUCGGUUUCGCAAGCAGCUCCGUCAUCUUCUUGAUGAGAGUCAAUGGCCCUAAAUGGAGAAAAAUUUUGGACGCGCACUUGCAGGCAUAA